AUGAGUUACUCAGUGCAUGACAAACAGCAGAACAAACACAAGCGGACGACAAGCCAGAGCGUGCGCGACUACGAGCAAAUGCGUCUCCGAUGCUCGAUGCUCGGCAAGGAGUUCGAAGUUGUUCAAGAUUACUUGAAAGGUCUUUUCGGCAGCAACGUGACUGCAAUCACGUUAUUAAGCAGAGCUAACACGCUCGAGAAGAUGACAGGGAUACAAGUCGACAGACUUUCUCGAAGGAACAGACAAGCUCUUUUCUGUUGGUUCACAGAGAACUGGGAAGUCAUACAACCAAUCCUCCUUAGCAACACGAGCGCUUACCAGAAGGCGCACAUGGCAGCUAAAAGCGAGAGCGAAGCGAUGUUCGACAUUGCAAAUUUACUCAACUAUCAUUAG